AUGGAAAUCAUAACCACAUGACAGUAGAUACAAUACGAUAAUAUCAUCAUUCUAAAACUACAUAUUGCACUCUGGUUCUUCAUGAUGAGCCACGCACCCUCAUUUACAAAUCCAUCUUAUCAAUUACCAACUUGUUUUAUGUUGAUGGAGCCAUCAAAAAAACAUUUUCAAGCGUCUAGCUCUUUCUUCCUUUUGACUCUUCUCUCAUUCUUCAACUUGCAGGGUCUUAACUUGCUUAGUUUAGCAACAGCAAGUCCUGUAGUUAGAGGAAAUGACACUGAUCGACAAGCUUUACUCCAGUUCAAAGCCAAGAUAACUGGUGAUCAACUCAACAUUAUGGAGUCCUGGAAUAGCUCCAUUCACUUCUGUCAAUGGAUCGGUGUUACAUGCGGUCGCAAGCAUCGAAGAGUCACCAAGCUGAAACUUCGAAUCCUCAAACUCUCUGGAUCAUUGUCACCCUACAUUGGGAACUUGAGCUUCCUCAGGGAGUUGGAUCUUGCAGGCAACAGCUUCUACAACCAAAUUCCUCAAGAAAUCGGUGGUUUAAGAAGACUGGAAGUUUUAUACCUCGUCAAUAACUCCAUCAGUGGUGAAAUUCCUUCUAAUUUAUCUGCUUGUUCUAAGCUUAUAUUAGUUGAUAUGACAAACAACCAGCUAACGGGAGAAAUUCCAUCUUUGCUGGGUCUCUUGUCAAACCUGAAAGUAUUGGGUUUUAACCACAAUCGUUUGAUUGGGAGUAUCCCACUUUCGUUGGGGAACUUGUCAUCCUUGGUGAAAUUUGGUUUGCAGAAUAAUGCAUUGAGUGGGAUUAUACCUGAAGCUUUUGGACAACUGAGAAAUCUUUCAUUUUUCACCAUAUUCGGAAAUGCGAUUUCUGGUAUUGUUCCUGUCGCAAUGUUCAAUCUCUCCAAUAUUAGAGGCUUUGAUAUUGGUACAAACAAGAUUCAAGUUAUCAUACCAAAGCAUCCUAAGGGCUACUAACGGAUUCUCCCCUCAGAAUUUGGUUGGUUUGGGAAGUUUCGGAUCUGUAUACAAGGGAAUUCUUGAAGCGAAUGGAGCAGUUAUUGCAGUAAAGGUGUUUAAUCUUCUGAAUCAUAGAGCUUCCAGGAGUUUCUUGGUUGAAUGC